GUGGAGAUCACACCAUCACGUACCCCAUCCUGCAGGCUGUGGCACAAAAGCACGGUCCCCUGGGACUGGUGCACGUGGACGCUCACACCGACACCGGAGACACAGCCCUGGGGGAGAAGAUCUACCAUGGGACCCCGUUCCGGCGCUGCGUGGAGGAAGGGCUGCUGGACUGCGGCCGCGUGGUCCAGGUCGGCGUCCGAGGCUCCUCCUACGACCCCGACCCUUACAAGUAUGGCCAGGACCAGGUAAGCUCAGCCUCAGGCACCUGGGGGCAGGUGAGGAAGCAGAUGGGGGACAAGCCGGUGUACAUCAGCUUCGAUAUCGAUGGGCUGGACCCUGCGUACGCCCCGGGCACGGGGACGCCGGAGAUCGCCGGGCUCACGCCGGCGCAGGCUUUGGAGAUUAUUCGUGGCUGCAAAGGGCUGAACGUGGUGGGAUGUGACCUUGUAGAAGUCGCCCCGAUGUACGAUGUCUCUGGUAACACAGCCCUCCUGGGGGCAAACCUGCUGUUCGAGAUGCUCUGCAUUCUCCCCGGAGUGAAGACAGUGUGA